CGCAUGGGCAAGGAGGUCAAGGCGCUCGCGACGUCGCCGCCCGAGGGCGUCAAGUACGUCGAGACGGACGCGGACCAGCUCACGGAGAUCCACGCGGAAAUGAGCGGCCCCACGGGCACGCCCUACGAGGGCGGCACGUUCCGCCUGAAGCUCGUGCUCGGCUCGGACUUCCCGUCGGCGCCGCCGCGGGGCUUCUUUUUGACCAAGAUCUUCCACCCGAACAUCGCGGCGAACGGCGACAUCUGCGUCAACACGCUCAAGCGCGACUGGAGCAGCGACGUGACGCUGAGCCACGUGCUCCAGGUCAUCCGCUGCCUCCUCAUCGUGCCCUUCCCCGAGUCGAGCCUCAACGACGAGGCGGGCAAGCUCUUCAUGACGUCCUACGACGAGUACGCGGCGCGCGCGCGGCUCUACACGGACCUCCACGCG